AUGAAAGGCGGUGGUGUAACACAUCUUAAACAUCACUUGGCUAGGAGGGAUGAUGGGGAUGAGGAAGAAGAAAAAGAUGAUGAUGAUGAAGAAAUGUCUGAAUAUGUUAACAUUGAUGAUGAUGAUGAUACAGAGCAAAGGGCAUUCAAUAUGGCAACCUCUCCAUAUUAUAAAAUCAUGAUAGAUGAAAUUGCGAAAGCAAGAAAAGGUGUACGGGGGCUUACACCUUAUGAAAUUAUGGGGAGGUUCUUAGAUGAGGAAGUUGAAGAGUUGAAAAGACAUUUCAAAAAAGCUAAAUUAUAUAGGCUCACUAUUAUAUGUGAUGGUUGGACAAGACUAACUAGAUUGUCGAUCAUCAAUUUUAUGGUGUAUUGUAAUGGGCAAACAAUGUUUCAUAAAUCUAUUAAUGCAUCUAGUGAUCGACAUAAUGCAUGGUAUUUGUUUAGUUUGAUGAAUGCAGUGGUUGAUGAAGUUGGUGCAGAAAAUGUUGUACAAGUUGUGACUGAUAAUGGAAGUGCUUAUAAAGCAGCUGGCAGAAUGUUAAAACGAAAAAGAAAGCACUUGUAUUGGACACCGUAUCCAGCUCAUUGCCUUGAUUUAAUGUUAGAAGACAUUGCUAAACUUUCUAUGGUGUCCAGAGUGAUUGAAAGGGGAAAAACAAUUACCAAUUUCAUUUAUAAUUACUCAAUUGUUCUCAACUUGAUGAGGAGCUUCACAAAUAAUAGAGAGUUAAUACGUCUAGGGCCAACUCGCUUUGCUACUCAUUAUAUUGCUCUUAAAAGUUUAAAUUCUCAAAAUACAGCAUUGAGACGUAUGAUUGACGCAGAUGAAUGGAAAUCACUACCACAAGCAAGAACAAAAAGGGGAGAAGAAGUUAAGAAAAUUAUCAAUGACAACAACUUUUGGAAAUUAGUUCAACAAUAUGCUUUGAUGACUGAGCCCCUUGUAAAAAUGCUUCGAAUUGUUGAUGGUGAAAAAAGAACAACAAUGGGAAUUAUAUAUGAGGCAAUGCAUAGAGUGAAGAAGAUGAUUGAAGAUAAAUUUCCAAAUUCAAAUAAACAUAUUCUGUACAUUAUAAACAAGAGAUGGAAUGCACAGCUCGUUCAGCAUUUGCAUAAAGCAGUCAUUACAAGGCUAGAGCUAGAUGAAACCAGAGCUGCCAUUGCCUUACAAGAG